AUGCCGGAACACACCGAACGCCCCGAGCCAACACCCACACCAGCCCCCACAUAUAGCGAAGCUCCAGAAGUCGUCACCCCAGACCAUCAAAACCAAGGCCCUGUUAGCCCAUACUCCGUCACCUAUUCACACACCGGACAAUCCCUCCCAUCUACCCUACAUUCCAGCUACACACCAACCCCAAUAAACGGCUCAGAAAAACAAUACCCCCACGAACCUGACUCUAUCGGCCAAGCACCAGCCUACGACGUGUCAACAUCAAUGGCAGCUCCACCCGAGAAGUCUUACCCAGGCCAGCCCCUUCCCCAGCAUUCACAGGCACAACUUCAGGGCCACCCGCAGCAGUUCUACACGCCUUCUGGUCAUCCUAGUGGAUAUCUCACGGCCGUGCCGCUGCACUGUGUCCAGUCUGCGCCGUGUCCGGUUGAUUGUCCGGUUUGUGGGGAGCGGGAAAUGACUAGUGUUGAGCCUAUCAGCGGGGGGACUACGCAGUAA